AUGUUCACAACGGAGCUUUCAGAAGCUGAGGUCUCGGCCCUCAGAGCCAACAAGGAACGUCUGGCUACUGAUCUUCACCACUCGUGCCAGUGGGGAUAUGGCAUCAGAUGGGGAGAUAAUCCUACAGAUACGGGUAUGCAGCGUCUAGCGUUAUCAGAGGAGGAUAAGAGCGUCCGGGAUUGGUUCAUUCAAACAACCAAAGAUCUCAAAUGCAAUGUUACUGUAGAUGAGAUGGGUAAUAUCUUUGCUGUUCGUCCAGGUCGGAGAGCAGACGUACCCGCCACCUUCAUCGGAAGUCACCUCGACACGCAACCGACUGGUGGGCGAUAUGACGGUAUCUUGGGUGUGCUUGCAGGAAUCGAAGUUCUCAAAACCAUGAAUGACAUGGGGUUGGAGACAGAGGGAGGGGUUGGGGUUGUGAACUGGACGAACGAGGAGGGCGCUAGGUUCCCCGUAAGUAUGAUUUCGAGCGGUGUAUGGGCCGAGUGCAUACCAUUAGCACAUGCUCAUGGUCUUAAAGAGGUACCAACUGUAGCCUCGCUACCGACCGCAGCAUCCGCACCAGAGACCAUGAAGAGUGCUCUGCAGAAGAUCGACUAUCUGGGGGAAGUUCCGUGCUCGUACAAAUCGUCUCCGAUGGCAGCUCAUUUCGAGCUUCAUAUCGAGCAAGGCCCACACCUGGUGUCCGCAGGCCAGCGGGUCGGAGUCGUGACAGCCGUGCAGGCCUAUAGAUGGUUUAGACUUAAUAUCAUCGGACGAGACACGCACACUGGAACCACAGCUUUCGAGCACCGAGCAGACGCGCUGUACGCAUUCGCUCGGAUGAUGGUGCGAGCGCGCGAAGUUGCAGCUGCGAAGGGGUGUCUAGCCAGUGUAGGCAUUGUCGAGGCAAAGCCUGGCAGUGUUAACACCGUCCCUGGGCUUGUGAGUUUUAGUCUGGACAUCCGUGGACCGGAAACAGAGCAAGUUGCCGAAGUUGAGAAGGAGUUGCGCGCGGAUUUCGAUGCCAUCGCUGCCGCUGAGGGGGCUGGUAUUGGCAAGCCUUGCCGUGUUGAGUGGACUCUUGAUUUCGACUCGCCUGCUGUCAAGUUCCAUAAAGAUUGUAUUGAUUGCGUGCAGGAGUCGGCACAUGCAGUUGUUGCUGAUGCGCCUGUUGCUGACCCGAAAUCACUGGUACGGCCCAUUAUGAGUGGUGCUGGUCAUGACAGUGUUUUCACUUCGAAGCGUGUCCCGACAAGCAUGAUCUUUAUCCCAUGCAAGGACGGUCUCAGCCAUCACCCUGAGGAAUUCUCCACCGCUGAUGAUUGCGCUACUGGGGUAUCGGUCAUUCUGCAGGCUGUGGUUCGUUAUGACCGGAAGAGAUUCGCAUGA